CGGAGUCGCGGCCAUAUUGGGAGACGCCGAGGCGAGCGAGGAAAUCGUUGGAGGCGAAUCCGCGUUGAUCGGCGACAUCCUAGGGCGGAGCGCGAUGACGGACCGGGAGGACAACGUGUACAGGGCCAAGCUGGCCGAGCAGGCCGAGAGAUACGAUGAGAUGGUUGACGCCAUGAAGCUCGUCGCGUCCAUGGACGUGGAGCUGACGGUGGAGGAGCGCAACCUGCUCUCGGUGGCCUACAAGAAUGUGAUUGGCGCGCGGAGGGCGUCGUGGCGCAUCAUCUCCUCCAUCGAGCAGAAGGAGGAGAAUAAGGGCGGUGAGGAGAAGCUCGAGAUGAUCAGGAACUACAGGACACAGGUGGAGAAGGAGCUGAAGGACAUCUGCUCAGAUAUCCUGGGCCUCCUGGACAAGCACCUCAUCCCCACAGCCUCUGCCGGGGAGAGCCGAGUCUUCUUCUACAAGAUGAAGGGAGAUUACCACAGGUAUCUUGCCGAGACCGCCACUGGUAGCGAGAAGAAGAACGAACAGGGGUACCUCGCAGAAUUCGCAACGGGUAAUGACAGGAAGGCGGCCGCAGAGAAUUCCCUGGUCGCUUACAAGGCAGCCAGUGACAUCGCCAUGACGGAACUGCCCCCCACACACCCCAUCAGGCUGGGUCUUGCACUGAACUUCUCCGUGUUCUACUAUGAGAUUUUGAACAGCCCUGAGCGAGCGUGUCGCCUGGCCAAGGCAGCCUUUGAUGAUGCCAUUGCAGAAUUGGACACCUUAUCAGAGGAGAGCUACAAGGACUCCACCCUAAUCAUGCAGCUUCUGCGUGACAACCUCACGUUAUGGACCUCCGACAUGCAGGGCGAAGCUGGUGAGGGCGAACAGAAGGAGCUCUUGCAGGAUGUGGAGGACCAGGAUGUGAGCUAAUGUGGCGGAGGCGGCGGUGGUUCCUUCACCUCCCCACCACCACCACCACACCUCCACCACCUCCACCUCCACCUCCACCUCCACUACCACCAUUUACCCUGAAGGCAAUGGAGCUCCCACACCCUCCUCUCCAACACUGCCACAGCUGUCUGGGCCGACUGGAGUCCCUCUCACAACAACGGAGAGAAGCAGGCGUGACUUUCUCUUUUUUUAUAUAUAUAUAUAUAUAUGAGUAUGUACAUUUCUCUCUCGUUCACCGUUGUCUCUCUCCCUCCCUUUUACUGACUUGAAAAAAGGGUCACUCCUUCCCCGGAGAUUUUUGCGGAAAUUUGCGUUUCGUAGGGAAGGGGAUGGAUGGUGUUUCUUCCGUUCAUUCUCUCUUUUCCUUCUUUCUUGACAUCUCACUUGCUGCAGACAUUUGUUAGAAUCCUCGGCUUGUGCCGAGAGCUGCUCUGGCAGGAAGGCCAGAGUGUCACACCCACACAAGCAGCACAGGGUGUGUCAAGGGAGCAGUGGACAAAUGUAUUUCCUCUCUCCUUUUUUCUGGUCUUGUUCUGUUUACCUACAUAGUUUGUGGUCAUUGGCCAGGGCACUUUGGUUGCAUUCCUUGCGCUGAGUGACAAGGCUGGGAGCUCCACUGUCGUGUUGGGAAAGGAUUUGGUGCAUCAUUCCAGUCCUAUGUCCUAAGUUAACACAUUUUUCAUCACACUUUGUGUUUGAAAAGAUUAUUCAUUGCAUCAUUUGUUGUGUAUUUAUUAUUGAUAUUGGUACAUGAUAAGAAGUUUAAAUGAUAGGUAGGUUAAUUACUUUUCUCCUGUUUCCUUGUUUUCCACUUUUUCUGUUCUUGAAAUUUUAUUUUUAAUACUAUAUACACACCUCCUCCUGUCCCUCUCUCCUCCUUCCCUUGCCCCCAAAGCAUGGCUUUGAGGCCUUGGAUGAAAGCCAUUCAGCGUUGCCCUCUAGCAUAAGCAGUCACAAGACGUUGGGUGUCGAGGGUCCUUCCCUUGGCCCCACGCUUGUCUGUCUGGCCUGGGGUUCCUGCGCUGGGUGGAGCCUCCUGGUCACUGCAGGCUCCUUUCUCCUUCGAAGACAUUGCUUGCCUCCUCCUCUUUCUCCUCCUCCCUUGCCCCCCUACUCCCUACCCCCUACCCCAGUACCCAAUGGAUCCCACUGGGUAGCAGGAGACCAGUGCAUGUCCUCAAGUUACAGGAGGUUUAAUACACAAAAAAUUCUCAACUCUUUUGUAUUCUGAAAAAAAAAAAAAGAAAAAUCAUUUAUUUUUUUUAUUUCUUUCCCCUUACCCUACUGUGUGAAUGAGCUAAAGCGCAUCUUGGCACUUUUUUCCUGCUUGGGGAAGUAGCACAGUUGAGUUAACAUGGAAUCCUAAACAUCUUUCAUUGUUGGUCUCUCUCUUUCUCUCUCUCUAUCCCAGUUGUCUCGUUGUACUUGAAGAGUAAGCGUUUGUAUAUUGACGCUAAAUAUGUUUCACUAGGAGAAAUAAAAAAACAAAAAAACAAAAAACAAAAAAAGGUUUGGCGUAAUGGAGGCGCAGAGGACCCAGCACAGGAGCCCCAAGUAGAACACCCAAGAGAGAGCACUUCAGGGGCCCAACUUGAUUGGAAACAUGAGGCCUGGCGGUAGGCGUUUGGACAAACUCUCGUAGAGUGUAGUAAGCCACCCCUGACCCCUUCCCUCCUACCCCCUUCCCCCCAGGUACCAGUCUCUCCCACUGGCUGUCCCGAGCAGCUCUCCAUUUGCGCCACUUUAGUGUUUACUCUGUAGAGUUCGCGCUUCAUUACACUCGUGCGUUUCCCCAGCUGUGUGUGGUCAAGAGGUCACAAAAAUUGACCGGGCUGUUGAGCGCUGAAUUGGGCCGCUCGUUUUCCUAUAUUUCCAUAGACACAGAGAGGUAGUUUGAUUGUUGAGGAGCCUCAGGGUGCGCUGGUGAGCAGGGCAGAGGACCCCGGGCUGAAGAGGCAGCUUGGGGUCUUGCCGUGCCUCACCCGCAGCCUGGGUCCGGCCACAGACAGAGUGAGUCGAGCUGCUGUGAACACUUUUCUGUUGUGAUGACCUUGGCCGAAUGUAUUAUAUCGGACACAUUAACAGUCGACUCCCAUCAUCCACCAGUCAGUUAGUCUUUGUCUUUGUAAUAAGAGUCCAGCCACCUUGUGUGCUAUCAUUUCAGCCCUCGUCCCCUCCCCCUUCACCUUGUUGCAUUUGGGUUGCUUGGUGCUGCUUGAUGUCGUUUCUGCAAAAUGAUUUCCCUGGUUUAGUCUGACUCUUCACUCUAAUUUGGGGCCAAAGAACAGGUAGCAAUACCUUGGUGCAUCCUGGCGAAUUCACGGGCGGGAUAGGACACAGUGCUUCCCUUGGCGCAAAAGGGAAGAGACAGCUGCUGGUGAGGCAACUCAAUGGCUUCUAGCUGGCAGAGGAUGUGGUCUUGCAUCACAUUGCCUUUCUGGCCUCUAAAUUUAACCAAAACAAACAAAGAAACAAGUACGUGUGUAGGAGAAUGAGACGAACGCCAGGCUUUGUGCGUGCCUCGAGCCGACCUGGCCUGGGAGAGCCCCUCCGUGGUGCCCUGUUCCACCCCCCUGAGUGUCCAGCACGCACCGCGUCUCGUUCUGACCCCUCCCGUUCCCCGUGCACCCCAGCCCCCCAUUAGUUUGCCGUGAUUCCCUCGCAGCAGGAAGGUUCAAUUGCCAAGCAUAGACACACAUCUGAAUGAAGUUUUUCCUCUUUUUUUAAAUCAGUUUUUAAAGCUUAGGUCAAGGUGUGGAAGGAGGCGUCUGCGUGGUGUGCUUGCGAGGGACGAAGUGGCUCGACCUGAUCCGCCUCGCCCUCAUUAGGCCCUCGGGCGGGAAGUGGAGACGAGGGCGGCAGAGGCUGAGCUGCCUGUGGUGCUUCAGUCAGGCUUUUUCCACUGAACUUAUUUGGUUAUUGGAGUUGGUCAUUCAUACUCUGUUGUCUUUCCAUUGUAUUAUUAUUAUUAUCAUUAUUGUAAUUAUUAUUGUUAUUAUUAUUAUUAUCUUUAUCUUUAUUAUAACUACUAUAAAGAGUUAUUUCAAUUGGUAUUAUUGUUAUAAAAAGAAGCUUACAGUAAUUUCGUUAUUGUUAUUAUGAUUGUCAUAGUACCCUUCACAGCCUCCAAGGGAACAGUCCCAGAUGCAUUCCUCAGCGAUUGCAACGGGACCAGAUUUGGAUCUCCCAAACAUUCCAGAAAGCACUUUGGUAUAACCGCCAUGGAAGCAGCCAAGCAAUUGUUUUAUUUUGGUUAUUAUUAUCUUAAUUAUAUGAGUUUGUAUGAUUUUUAUUAUUUUUUUAUUUAUUUUUUUAUUUUUAUUUUUAUUUUUUUUUUGCUAUCACUGUCAACAGAUAGCACUCAUAACCCUUCUUGGUGCUAGCAGAUACCUAUGCCUCCAAUGGCUGUCAUGUGGCAAUAAAACUAAACUGGAAAAUACCUUGAAAUAUUCGCCCUCAAAGCAAAAGAAUAUAGAUAAAUAGAUCAAUAAAAAUAAUGGCAACUGACACAGGUGUAGCUUGGUAAAUUACAUGCAGGUUUAAGACAUAAGUAAUUAAAUAUAAAACUAUUUAAAAAAAAAGGAUUCAUACACACACACACUACAACAAAAAAAAUAAACAAAAAAAAACAUUAAAAAAUUAAAAACUAAAAAAAAUUCUUCAAGAAAAUGGCUUAAUUAGAGUUUGUAAUGUUAGUGUGACCCCCCACUCCCCUCCUCCCCCUUCCACACCCCUCUCUCUCUCUCUUUGAAAAAUAAAAGAUAAUAACAAUUGUAAACCGUUUCAAAGAUCUAGGAAGAGUUGAGAAUUGUGCUGACUUACUCAUUCUGUUCAGGCUCUGCCCCACACUGUCCAGCCUGGCCUAGGAGUGCCACGUGCGGCCGCUUGUGUGAGAGGUUCCCUUGAGAGGAGAGAGGACUGUGGCUGCCUCCGGGCCUGAGGAACAGGUGUGUCGGCAGGGGACAGAAGUCUGUGUAAACAAAACAAAAAUGGAUAACUGGAUGGUGUAGUAGAUGUUUCAAUAGGAAUAAACAACUUGAAUACAAAAGUAAAUAUUUAUAUGUAUAAAGAAAACACCUGGCACAAUAAUAAUAAUAAUAAUAAUAAUACCUGUCGCUGCAGUCCACGAUUGGAACGACUUGACGUGUUGUAUUUUUUACUACAAUACCAGUGAACUAAAUAGAUGCUAUACACCAGGAGUUGUGAAUCUUGCUAGAAUGUUGACCCCCUCUAUGUAAAUACCAAAUUGUGAUAGGCAAAGCACACGUGUCAAUGCACUUGCAUGUCAAAAGUGUUUGAUUAAACCUCAUAUUCUCUAA